AGGCCACUGUUGAGAUGGACCUGGACAUGGACGAGAUUGCUCAACAUAUGGACGUGAGUCCCAGGCAAGCCUGCAUCGACCUGGAGAAGGCCACUCAAUACAUCACACAAGUGUUGCAGAUGGACGAGAUUGCUCAACAUAUGGACGUGAGUCCCAGGCAAGCCUGCAUCGACCUGGAGAAGGCCACUCAAUACAUCACACAAGUGUUGCAGCAUGAAGUAGGUAGGAACCAGGAGCUCUGCGUGUUGAUUCGCUGUCUAGAAGAGAAGGAGGUGGAGACUGGGCGGAGUCUGGAGGAGCAGGCGGAGUCAAACCGACAGCUGAAGCUGAAUAUCGAUGAACUACAGAAACACCUGGAGGAAAAAGACAACUCACUGACACAAGCCACCCAGACUGUGGCUUUCCUAGGGAAUGAACUGGAGGACUUGCAUCAGCAGUGCCAGACUAAACAAAGGACGUUUCAGGAAGUGAAUGAGUGGCUGCAGGGUGGAGAGAACCAGCUCAAGGUUGAGCCGGUCUCGUUUUAUGGCCAGAGUUCGCCGGUCUCGUCUCACACGCCGGUCUCGUUUGAUGGCCAGAAGCUGCUGGAGGCUCCAGUCUCUGGGAUUAAAGAAAACGAUGACGACGAUGACGACGAUGAUGAUGAUGAUGAUGAUGAUUAUGGAUAUGGAGAGUACAGUCAGCCUGAAGGGAGAACUGACCCUGGAACAGAACUGACCCUCUCUUCAGCUGCAGACAUUAAAACUGAACUGAUCCAGGAAGAGUUGGACCAGUCCAACAUGGCUCCAGCCCUCGACUCCAAGAUGGACCCCGUGGUUCUGGCCCAGCUCAUGGGCGUGACUGUGGAGUUGGUGGACUGUGGACGAACCCAAAGAGAAGAGAAGAACACGGAUGGAGUACAGCCCGAGACCCUGACAUGGAAGGAGCCUUGUACCUCAUCCUCUGUUGCCUCCUGUGGGACCCCUACAUUCAGCUGCACCCAGCAGACUGCUGCCUUCUCCGCCUCUUCCACAGAGGAAUCCGGAAUAUUCUCCUUCCCUCUGUGUGACGAAGGCUUCAGCUCCCUGCUCAAGCUGCAUCAGCGCAUCCAUACAAGAGAGAGGCGGCACCACUGCACUCAGUGUGGCAAGAGCUUUAUUCGACAGGGACAUCUCAAACGACAUCAGCUCAUUCACACAGGAGAGAAGCCGUACAACUGCACUCAGUGUGGCAAGAGCUUUACUCUAGAGGGACAUCUCAAACUACAUCAUCUCAUUCACACAGGAGAGAGGCCGUACAACUGCACUCAGUGUGGCAAGAGCUUUGCUCUAAAGGGGAAUCUCCUAAAACACCAGCGCAUUCACACAGGAGAGAAGCCGUACAACUGCACUCAGUGUGGCAAGAGCUUUGCUCGAGAUCAACAUCUCAAACUACAUCAGCUCAUUCACACAGGAGAGAGGCCGUACAACUGCACUCAGUGUGGCAAGAGCUUUACUCGAGAGGGACAUCUCAAACUACAUCAUGUCAUUCACACAGGAGAGAGGCCGUACAACUGCACUCAGUGUGGCAAGAGCUUUAAUCAAGAGGGGAGUCUCAAAAGACACGAGCGCAUUCACACAGGAGAGAAGCCGUACAACUGCACUCAGUGUGGUAAGAGUUUCUCUGAAGGUGGAAAACUCAAACGUCACCAGCGCAUUCAUUCAAGAGAGAAGCCUUAUCAAUGCACUCAGUCUGGAAAGAGUUUCAAUCAAAAGGGAAAUCUUUAAACACAUCAGCACAUUCACACUUGAGAGAGGCUGUAUCAGUUCACUCAGUGUGGACAGAACUGCGUAAACACAGACCUGUCCCGAGUGGCUGAAGUGUGUGUGUGUGUGUGUGUGUGUGUGUGUGUGUGUGUGUGU